CACCUCAGUACCACCACCUCAGUCACCUCCGGCUGGUUGCGAUCUGCCCAUCCAUCUCGCAUUCCUCAUCGGAGCCUGCGCCAGUUUGCGACAACGGCCAUGACGGAGCUGCAGCGCCUCGUCCUCCAACGACCAUGAUCAAUGCGUUUCUGGUCUUCAAUGGCCAGGGCCAGCCCCGCCUGACCAAGUUCUACACGCAGCUUGAGACGAGCAUCCAGCAGCGGCUGAUAUCCGAAAUCUUCACGCUGGUGUCGAACCGCCCAGCCGGGUCCUGCAACUUCCUGCCCCUCCCGCCGCUGCUGGCCGCGUCGGGCACCUCGCACACGUCGUCGCAGGAACAGAACGACGUGCCCUCGCUCGUCACGUACCGGCACUACGCGACCCUUUUCUUCAUCAUCAUCUCCACGUCGACCGAGUCGCCCCUCGCCCUCAUCGACCUGAUACAAGUCUACGUCGAGGCCCUGGACAAGCUCUUCGAGAACGUGUGCGAGCUCGACCUCAUCUUCAACUUUGAGACGCUGCACGCUACGCUGUCGGAGAUGAUCAUAGGCGGCGUGGUCAUCGAGACGAGCCUGGACCGCAUCGUCUCGGGCGUUAGGGCGCAGGGGACGGUGGCCAAGAGGCCCGUCAACGAGGGGCGGAGCGCGGGCCUGAGCUCUGGGCUCGGCAUGAGCGGGAGCUUUGCGUGGGCAGGGAGGUGAUGUGUGAUUCACGCCGUGACUAUCGGGGAGGAAGGAGUAGUCAUAU